CACGUCCGCCAGCCAAACAAGCUCUUCUCAGUCUCAGUCUCAGUCUCGGGCCGUUCAGACUUUCUGAUUGACAGCAACGCCAAUUGUCUCGGGUUGCCCUGGCAGUAGUGCUCGUCCAAUUCACCACAUCCAGCUUCAGCUCAGUCAAUGUCAGUGCUGCUGCGCGUACGGAGUACGUUACUGGGCUGACGGGAGUGAGAAUUGUUUGGUGGCCGCUGUUGCUCCUACUGCUACCUUGGGCCAACACGGACCUAUGGCAGCUCACCAAGCAACACCUCCUCCAUGCGACCGCUGUCAGGAUGUGGGUGUCGAGGUCAUUGACGGCUGAGUGGGUGGGCUGUCGGUCCAAGUCGAAUGCGCGCGAUCAGGUUCGAGUUCGAGGUCAGAAUGACUGAUGAUGCAAGUCGCGCAAGGGCAGGGCAGAAGACAGGACGGAGACGGAGACGUGGGACACAAAACGGGAUGGGACAGGUGACGGGUUUUAAUUGUUUCGGCAGGGCACCAGCAUCGUACCCAACACCCAACCCAUCAUCGCGUCAAAUUACGAACCACGGCGGAGCUUCGCUUCUCACCCGACGGACAAGGCAGGGUUCAAACCAUCUCGACAUGGAGCUGGGGGCACACUGGAGUCUGGACUCUGCACUCUGCACUGGACAGACAGCAUCCAUACGUACGAACCUGAGUCCUGAGGUAUUACAUUACCUGACAUUAAAAGGUAGUCCUGGUGUACGGAUACGGAUGCAGAGUACCAACAACAUCUCCCGCAGGUGGACAACAUGGACCAAUUUCCUCUACUGGCGCCCCCAGCCAAGGUACAGCAUGCAUCCGCCAAUUCACGACGUGCAGCCAUGUGCAGGCUUUUGCAGCUCUUUGCAGGUUGUUCCCCGUCGCGAGGUAACUGGUCUGACGCCUUGGCUCUGUCAUCCAACGCCAGAGCCGGCCAGGUACAUUGAGAUGCGCGCCGUGUGGAGCGUUGAGCUGUCGUCUAUUGCAGCGCCGGCGUGGAAGAUGGCUGCAGCUCUCAGGAUUGGGCCCUCGGGGUGCCUUAACGGCGCCUUCCUAAGUCUGACUGGUGCAUGGCUCUCCCCGCUGAACAUCAUUGCCAUUACGCGCAUCGGAUCGCGGGAUGUGCAGCCUAGGCCGCCUGGUUAUCGACGGCCACGCGCGACCCGGUCCAGGGACAUCCCGACUGCUCAUUGAGAUUGUGGGAAACUUGGCCUGCCCAAAGAGACUCUGCCGGACAUGAGCUGACAUAUCGGGCAUUGGGUGCCAAUUGGGACGGAGUGACGGGAGGAUGAGCCAGACAGU